GAUGAUCUCAUCAAGCCUUUUAAAGACAUCAAGAAGAGCCCCUAAAAGAUUCUUUGGUACUACUAACCAGAAAGAGACUGAAAGAAACAACAAAUACCUUGCUAGAACUUACAAUGUGUGGGAUACUGUUAUCAGUAAAGCAUAUGGAGUUUGGAUGGAAGACGUAGAAGGAAAUAAACUACUUGAUUUCCAUUCUGGCUACUGAUGUACUAACCAAGGUCAUAGUCAUCCAAAGAUUCUCCAAGCAUUGUAUGACCAGUCUAAGAAGCUCAUCAUGUGUAGUAGAGCAUUCAACACAGAUAUUUCAGGAGAGUACGCUGAGUUUAUCAAUAAGACUUUUGGAUAUGACAAAUAUAUUCCAAUGAACUCAGGAUCCGAAGCCUGUGAGACUGCUAUAAAGCUUGCUAGAAGAUGGGGAGUCAGAGUAAAAGGAGUUGACAACGAUAAGGCCACCAUAAUUACUGCCAGAAAGUGCUUCUGGGGAAGAACCAUUGGUGGAAUGAGUGGAUGCGAUGAUCCAUUAAGAUACGAAGACUUUGGUCCGCUUUGCCCUGGAUUCGACAUGGUUCCUUUUAAUGAUGCUGAAGCUCUAGAGGAAAAGUUCAAAGAGAACCCAAACAUUGUAGGAUUCAUGGUUGAACCAAUCCAAGGUGAGGCAGGAAUCAUAGUCCCAGAUGACGAUUACUUGCAGAAGGUCCAAGCCCUUUGUAAGAAGUACAAUGUGCUGUUCAUUGCAGAUGAAGUGCAAUCAGGAAUUGGUAGGACUGGAUAUAUGCUUGCUCAUCAUUUUGAGAAAAGCGUAAGACCAGACAUUGUGAUAUUGGCCAAGGCUAUCAGUGGAGGUGUAGUCCCAUUCAGUAUCACUCUUGCUGACAGUCAUAUCAUUGACCACGUUGGUAUGGGUCAACACGGAAGUACUUAUGGAGGAUACUCUUUAGGAUGCGCAGUCUCUAAAGCUGCUAUUGAAGUAAUCAUCGAAGAGGAUCUUUGUGAGAAAUCCAAAGUAAACGGAGCAUUCUUCAAGGGAGAACUCGAGAAGAUCGAUAGUCCACUUGUCAAAGAAAUCAGAGGAAGAGGUCUCUGGAAUUCUUUAGAGAUCACGAAGACUGGUUUAGGAAAAGACUUUGCCGAAGCCCUUGCUAGAAAUGGCUUAGCCUGUAAGAACACCCAGGAUACGACUAUCAGGCUAGCUCCACCUCUUAUUAUUGAGAGACCUGAAUUGGAGCAAGCUCUAGAUAUCAUUGAGAAGACAGUCAAAGAAUUCGAAUAA